AUGCACGAUGCCAGGCUCCGGCUUGCAGAACAGAGUCAGCAACAUGCUGCUGCAGGCAGCAGCAGCAGCAGCACAAGCAAGGAGGGAGACGGAGGCUUCUUCUUCCGCUUUGUUAACAAAAUACUCAGCAACCUCUUAGUUGAUAUCAGAGAUGUGCAUAUUGCCCUCGUCGACCCCAAUAGGGGAUUCUCUGUAGGAGUGCUGCUGGCUCAGGCGUCCAUACACAACACCGAUGCAGCGUGGAGGCGCAACGAGCCGCAGCAGCAGCAGCAACAGCAGCAGCAACAGCAAAAACGACAGGCUUUCUACAAGGCGUGCGAGCUCAGCGGCCUCGCCAUCUACUGCGCACUUGACGGCGCCAACUCCCAACAACAGAAGCAGCAACAACGCAUGCGGCCGCAUCAGCAGCAGCACCAGCAGGUAGUGCUGCAGCAGCAACAGGCAUUCCCUACAGCACUGCCGCUGCCAGCCGUCCCUCCGCCGCCUCCAUCUGAACCGCCGCCCCCUCCGUCCUCUCCGCCUCCCGCCGGCUCCCCAGCAGCAACAGCAGCAGCAGAAGCAGCAGCAUCAGCAGCAGCGGAAGGGCAGCAGUUGACAAAGGCUGGCUCAGCGGGUUGCGACAGGGCCCCCCAGGAUGGGGGCCCCCCACCAGUUGCAGGACAGGGUAUAGAGGAGGGAGGGGAGGGCCAGGAGCGACGGCCUUCUAUGUCUAAGGCUCCUUAUCUGCCCGUGGGGCCUGCGGUUUCUUUGGAAUCCCCUGGGGGCCUUGAAGGAGGCGGCUUCCUUUGCCAUAAAGGGGAAACAGGAAGCCCCUUCUCCGCAACAGGAUCUGCAGCAGCAACAACAGCAGCAGCAGCAGGAGCCGGCCUGGGAGGAUCUGUGAGGGCCCCGGCGACAGGGAGCGGAGGGUCUUCUGCUGGUGUUUCAUUUGCGUGGCCUCGGCCUGAGGGCAGCGGGGGAGUUGGGGGCCGCAGUCAGUAUGUGUUGAAGCCGCUGCAUGUUCGUUUGACUGUAUCGCAUGCAGCAGAGCAGCAGGAGCUGGAGGCGCGGCUGGAGGUGCUGCGGGAGAGCCAAGGCAUAGAAAUCAGCAGGUCCCACCUUGAGGCCCUCUUAGCCAUAUCGAAUGAAGCAGCACAACGAAGACAACGCUGCGAGCAGCUGCUGCUGCGCCAGGCCCACACCGUUAUGCUAGGCACUGAAGGACUUGAAGGCAAAACGCAAAGAGAAUUCAUUGGCCUUUACAGCAGACAACUUCAAGCAGAAGCAGGAGUACGAGGUGUCGCUCCACUCACUCAAAAGGAACAGCAGAGACUCCUUACUCUCCAUGACGUUGUCGGCGUCAGACACCUGGCCAAGUGGCGUAACAUUUGCACAGAAGCGACCAACCGCGUCCUUCAGCAGACACAACUGCUGCAGCAGCAACAGCAGCAGCUGCUGCUGCAGCAACAGCGCCAGCUUCCCCGUCAGCAGCAGCAGAGUUGGUGGCAGUGGGUGACCGGGCGCCAGGCCGCGGGUCAGCAGCAGCAGCAGCAACAGCAGCAGCAGCAGACGCUGGCGCCAGGAGAGGGGGCUCAACAAGGUGCAGGGGGAGACACAGAUGCCCCGCUGCUGACAAGCGAAGACAUACAACUCAUCGUAGACGCUGUGCAGUCGGACGAGUUGAUGCAGAGCGUGUCGCUGCCUACGCGAUAUGUGCUGACGUUUGAAUUAGAGCGAUUUAGCAUUUGUUUGAAGAACGAUCACGAGACACCUGAGGAGGAGGCAGAAGAGGAGACAGCGGAAGUGCUGAAAGAGGCAAGGGCCAUCAAGGCCAUCGGAUACUCCCCCAAAGAGGCCUCCAAGUGUUUUCCCCCCGAAUUCCCGCAGCCCCCGCCCCCUCCAAACCUCCUGGCAGCAGCAGUAGCAGCAAGCAACGCGGGAGCAACAGCUGCUGCUGUUGCAGGAGGGGGUGGCGCCGGCUGUCUGCGCAGCGACACUGCCGCGGAGAAGGCGUUUCUGUCUGUAGAGCUCUUCAACUUGGGUGCGGCUUUAGAUCUGCUGAAUAGACAAGACGCAGCUGGCCGGGACAGCAGCGAGUGGUCUUUCUGUAUUUCUCUGUCUAACGUUGCUGUGAGGCAGCAGUCGCACCUGCUCAUGCACUUUCGCAGAGAUAACGAAGCAGCGCCGGCUGCACCCUUAACUCCUGCUGCUGCUGCUGUCGUAGCAGCAGGAGAUUCACCUAGGAACUCAUCCCACCGCCGUCGGCUGAUGAUGCUGGGCAGCGCAGCGUCGGGCGAGAGCGACAGCUCUCUAACCAGCAGCAGCAGCAGCAGCGGAAGCAGCAGCGGAAGCAGCAGCAGCAGCAGCAGCAGCCGUAGCAACAGCGGCAUUUGGGGAAGUAGUAGCGGCAGCAGCAGCACCUGGAACUAUAGCCGGAGCAGCACCGUAACAGCAGCUUCCCCUCCUUCAGGAGUUGCUGCUUCUUGCCUGACAGCUGCGCGGCUGGAGCUGCGACACGAUUUGACACCUACGGGGAAUAUCUUGGGGGUGUACAUUCGGCUGGCCCCGCUGGUAGCAGCAAUAAAGCCGGAGUUGGUGAGGACUCUGUGCGACUUUUUCGUCUUUGAAACGCCGGCAGACGUGAGGCGCCUGGAGGAGGAGGAGGAACGACGCGCUGCAGGUGCUGCAGCUGCUGCUGCUUCUGCUGCUGAUGGAUCUAGCUGGGUAGCGGGUGCUGACGGCGAGCAGCAAGGGCUGCGCGACAUCAGCAGCAACAGCAACAGCAGCAAAGUGGCUACUGAAGUGGACGAGAUGCGUAAGAGCGAGUUUGUGGAGGGCCUGCGGGAGACGGGUGAGACGGUGUACGAAGCAGCAGUGCAGCAUCUGCCUGAUCUGGUGCAAUUAGAUUUGUUGGUAGCCGCUCCGAUAUUGAAUUUAGAUGGAAAAGGAGCAGGGAGCGUCGCGCUGCACUUGGGAACGCUUUCUUUGCGGUCAGACGGCCCCUGCCCCUAUGAUGCGCUCAGAGGGGUCUUGGAGUUCAACGAGACGCGGCUUAUCUGCGCCCCGACAGGCCACCAGGAGGUGUCUAUCUUGCGGCCCAUACCCAUUCGUAUGCAUGUAGAAGUUCUUAAGAUGAAAGAUAUCCGCCUCAAUAUUCUCUUCGAAGAAAUCUUCCUUGAACUCACACCCGAAGCCAUUGGGCUCCUCAUUGCUGUACCUGCUUCCAUGGCCAAGUCGCUGUUGCAAGCGCGACCCCAACAAACAGCUACACAGAACAGCAGGCUACUACAACCACAAACAGCAGCAACGGCAGCAGCAGCAGGGGCAGCAGCAGAACACCCAGGAAAAACAUCAGCAACGGCGCCUCUGAUGCAGCACCAACCCGCACUCGAGGACGCCGGGGGCCGAGGGGAAGCAGCAGGGUCGGCAGCUGCAGCACUGUCACCGCCUCAAGUCACAGGACCUUCAGCAGCAGCACCACCAGUAACAACAGUAGAAGCAGCAGACGCAACCCAUGCAGCAACAGAGCCUCCUGCAGGCCCACCGUCUCUUCUAGAUGCAGCACUGACUGGGGCUGGUGAGGAGACAGACGUUCUCUGCAGCGGCGAUGACGCGGUUCCGAGCGACACAGCCGCGGACGCUGCAAACCCUAGCAGCAGCAGCAGCGCUGAUACGGAGCCAAGGUCUCAGCUGGUAUUUGCGUCAACGUGGCGUUUUGGCCGUUGCGGGUUUUUGAUAAGAGGACUUUCGGAGAGGGAUAAUGCCGCUGCAGCACCAAAAGCGGCGGCAGCAGCAGCAGGAGAGACGGGGCCUCCUGUGCUGCAGGCGGAGUUGACCGAUCUACAGAUGCAGCUGACAGCAGACUUUGCCUCCGGCAGAUGUGGGGCCGUUGCUGAACUUCAUCAAGUCCUCGUCUCAGACCCCUCCACCGAUUCCCCUCUCUUCUUGUCGUUGCAAAACAAUGCCAGCAAUAACCUUGCAGACAGCUGGUUCUUCUUUGCUUCUGUUGAUGCUGAUGCUGCUGCCUUUCAGGCGGAGCUGGCAACCAGCCGCAGCAGCAUCGGCUUGGGGCGCAGCGGCAGUCUGCCGCUGCGCAGCGUCGUUUCUUUGGGUGGUGCAGCAGAAGAGGAGGAGUUCCAUGAUGCUGUAGAAGACAUGGAAAAAAGCUUAAGAGUAGAGUUAGAGGUGCUGCUAGGCACGAGCAGCACAAUAACCGCAACACGGAGUGCGGCGUCAGCAGCUGCCACCACUCCUGAUUCCCCGACAGCAGCAGCUGCUGCAGCUGCCGUUGCAAAUGCAACAGCAGCGGAUGCUGCUGCUGCUUCUGCUGCUGCUGCUGGUGCUUCUCCGAAGGCAACACUUGCAGUGACCUCGUUGCCAGUGGAGCUGCACUGGCGGCAGCAGAGUCUACGUCGCAUCCUGCAGACUUUGGAGCUGUACAGAGAUACCAUUCGCGGCCGGGUGCAGCAGCAUCUAGACGAACUUUCGGAGGCUUCAGCUGCUGCUGUGGGGCCCCGGGGCCUCCUGUCAAAGGAGACAGUUGCUGCAGUGCACGACACUCUGCAGACAGUACAGCAGACGCUGUCCUUCGGGGCGGACGGGGAAGGCGUACAGGGAGGCGCAGCAGACACCCAACGUACCAGCAGCAGCAGUAGCAGCAAAAGCCGCGCAAGCAGCAGCAAUGCACAACUGCUGCGCACAGCCUCCUCAGGGCGAGACUGGCUUCGAACGGGACUUUACUUAGGGGGCGUUCUCCCCCCUCUGGCGAUCCACCGGUGCUGCGAUGCAACAUGGAAAGCCGCGCAGGACGGAGCUGCUGCUGCUGCUACAGGAGGUGAAACAGCUGAAGGAGCAGGCGCAGCAGGCACACCCGGAGGAACGGAGCACCAGCAGCACCAGAAGGGCUUGCAGCAUGCGCUGCACCAGCAGAUGCCGCAUGUGGGUUUGGAGCUAACUCUGACGUUUCGGGAGUUUGCGAUCGCGUUCUGGGAGACGAAUGAUUCCGUCUUGGCUCGGAUGGCUUUAAAGGAGUUGAGGGCCUUCAGCCGCUUCUACUCCAAUGGCGACACGGAAACAACUUUUGCAAUUGGAGACGGAGGCGUCGUCUUUAGAGACAGAUGCGUCUUAGCCCCACGUGCUGCCUACAGACCCCCAGCGCAGCACCAGCCGCGAAGAGCCCCGCACGCUGCAGCACAAACUGCAGCAAGGCCUGGGGCAACUGCUGCAUCCUCCUCACCCAGAGCGUGUGAUACUGCAGCAGCACCUGCUGCAGUACCUGCAGCAGCUGUAAGCGUUGCGGAGGCUGGAGGUGCUCCAGAAGGAGCAGGAUCAGCAGGAGCUGAGGAGGGGAAGGACGCUCCCUCUGGGUCUUUGUUUACCGCUCGUGUACGUCAGUAUGGGGGCCCCGAUCCGAUAUCGGGGGCCCCUCUACCAUAUUCGAUUUGUCUUGAAGGCCAGAUGGAACAAAUAUGCUUUGUGUACCGGCAGCAGGAUGUCUCGCGGACUUUGAAUUAUUUGCGUGACGGCAUUUUCGAUGUUUUUAUUUCCAAGUCGUACAGAGCAGUGAGGGAGGCUGCCACGGCCUCUUACUGUCUCUUUGCCUUAGAUAUUCAGUCCCCUCUGUUCAUUCUAGCAGAGGAUAAGGAAGCCAUUCCAGGGUACGUGCCUCCCCCAGGGUACAGAGUGCCCAAGAAGAGGCUGGGGCGCACGCAGAAGCAGUCGGCUGCUGCUCCUGUUGAUGCUGGUCCUGCUGCUGGUCCUGCGGCACCUACAGGUCGCACUGCAGCAGUUGCAGCAACAGAUCCUUCACAGAUGGAGGUGGAGGUGAGUCAUUUGGGGCGGUUCAUCGUCUUUGAUCUCGGAAAUCUCAAAGUGCACAACGCGUACGUUCCGGCGGUAUCCAGCCAUCACCCUCACCACGUACCGCAGCAGCAGGAGCAGCAGCAGCAGCAGAAUGAGUUUCUCGCUGCAGGUCUCCUGCGUCCUCCGUCGUUUGGUGAUCAUGCAUUUGUCUCGAUGCUAAGCGAAGGAGACCGCGUGCAAGCAGCAGGGAGCAGCGGAGAGUGGGGAUCUGAAGGGGCCCAGGGUGAGGUGGUCUGCUCGGACUUAAGAUUAGAGAUGCGGGGUAUGCAGAUCAGCGCGAGCGACAACACGCAGGAGGCAGCAGCAGGAGGCUGUCUCCUUGAGAAUGUAGAGGCGCGCUUGCUGCUCCGCAGCGCACCUAAUUCGUUGUCUAUAGAAGCAGAGACAACCGCGUGGCUGCUGCAUCUCUCGCGGCAGCAGCUGACUCUGGUCUUAGACGUCAUCAACGAGAACAUCGGGGGACAAGGCUACAGGCCUGCAGCAGAAGUGCUGCCCGUCCCGGCCUCCCCCGGGGCAACACCAGCACCAGCAGCAGCAGGAGACAGCAGCACGAGCGGUUCUGUGGGGGGCUGUGUUGACGAAGCAGCUUUGCGCCGAGAGCUGGAGACCCCUCCUCUAGCUGUCGAAUGUCAUAUUGUAAUACCUCAACUGACACUUGAGGCGUCGUUCGGUUCGGAGGCCCCUCUUGCUCUGCUGUCUCUCCACCGCAUUACAGCAAAAGUAGCCGCCUCGGUCUCGCGGCUGCUGUCUUGCUACCGCUUUUUGCUGUGUGCAGAAGAAUUCAGCAUCGAUGAUCUCCGUACCAACAGCGCCAACUACUUCAAACGCGUCGCUCACUGUACAGCACCCGGGGCAGCAGAGAGCUGCUGCAGCGGAGACACUUACUACGGAGACAGCACCUGCUGCAGUAGGGACAGCAGCUGGUGCGGGGACGCUGGAGACAGCCAAGGCAACGAAGAGAGCGACGGUUCAGAAGCUGUCGAUACACUCCAGAGCCGCAGCAACAGGGCGCCUGCGGUGCAAUUUGAGUUCGGGUCAUCACUAAGAGAGUCUUAUAUGGAAUUCCAGUUUUCGGGUGUCACCAUUUAUCUCCUCCUUGUUGCAUUCAUGGACAUCCUCAGCUACUUCACCUCCUCCUGGGCGUUCAGUUCCAUGCGUUCCUACCCCAAACCUCUGCCAACUCUGCUGAAAAACGCAGAACACCAGCAGCAACACCAGCAGCAGCAGCGGCAGCAACAGGCUGAGGGAGAGAAGAGGUCUAGGGAGGCGUCCGGUGGAGCCAAGGCUACCGACAACGGGCGGGGUGAUGCGAUCUCUUUGUUGCUGUCUGGGGAGGCGCUCAGAGAGCGGCCUUUUCGGGUGUCUGUGAACAUCCAGAGGGGCUGCUUCGUGGUGUACAGUGCGCUGCAGUCUGCUGCUGCCCCUAUCAUUGUUUGGUCUAGCGACUUCCUCGUUGAUCUAAGCAUGAAGGGCGACGAGAUUGCAUUUGAACGCGUUGAGGUCCUCGGCAGCAAAAUAUGCCGCUUCAAUGCUGCACCGUUGCAUGCAGCGCCUCUCAGGUCGCGGUCUCGCGCAGCGCAAGACAGUCCCAGUACCGGUGCAUGCAGCAUGGAGAAGCCUCCUGGGCCUACUGUUUCAUUUGAUGCUGCAACAGAAGAACACAGACCCGACAAACACGGAUCUGCCGAUGCGAGAACUGUCCGCUGGGGAAGCACGGACAGCAGCAGUAGCAGCAGUAACAGGUAUGGCUGCAGCUUCGAGUCCACGGGCUUGCCUAGCUGCGUGCGGCAGCAGUCGGCAGGAACAGCUGCAGAGGCCAACUGGAAACAACAGGAGCGGCCCAGGCAGCAGCAAAUGAUGCGCGACUGGACGCAGCUGCAGCAGCUGCAGCAGCUGCAACAGCUGGUCUCGGGUGGAGGCCCUGCUCCCGAUCGCUUAGCCCCCAGCACGGAUCCUUCCAGCGCCGUGCUGCUAUGUGAACAGUUUCAUCUCGAGGGAAGAGGCGUCUACCGCUCGACGACUGUGGCGCCUGAUGACGCAAGCGAGCCGAAACAGCCGCAGCAGCAGCAGCAGGGGCACCAAGAUGCUACUUCUGCCACGCCGCGCAGAAGCCAUGGUAGGGUGCCAGCAGCUGUUCAUCGAAUGCAGCAAGCCUUCUCUGCCGCUGCUGCAAAGCUACCUCCAAGCUCCAUCUCUGCCCCAGGAGGGAGACGCGCCCCUCCUCUAUCCAGCGGGCCGACUGCUGCAGCUCGUAGGCAGCAGCAGCAGCAGCAGCACACGGACGUGGGGACUGAUGGCGCACUUUCAUCUGUACAGCAGCAGCGCCGGGAGCAGCAGCAAGGUGGGAAGCAUCGGUCAGAUCAGGAGGGCGUGCAGCAGCAGAAGCAGAGCACAGUAGCAGGCGAACGGGAAGAGGUGGGGGCAAAGGCCCAGAAUCGCGUGUUGACCUUCAUCGACCUGUCUUUUGAUAUUCCGCGUACGCUAGUUUUCUUCCUGCGGGUCUCGAGCAGAGACAUGGCGCUCCUGCUGGCUGCUGCCCAGGGCCUGCACUCGGAUGGCCCCAGCGUCUGUCCUCCGCAGCAGCCUCCUCCUAUCCGCUUCCCUGAGACGUGUGCACAGCAGCAGCAGCAGCAGCAGCAGCAGCAGCAGCAGCAGGAGCCGCAGGAGGAUGGGGAGAAGCGUGUUUUACCGCAGCUUCCUCCUGUUGUGGAGCGUACAGCUAAGAUAACUUUGUGUCUGGAGGGGGCUCAGUUGCUGUUGCUCGACGACUUGCGUUCUUCUGUGCUGCCUGUGCUGCAGCUGCGUCUGGCAGCGGGUGGUUUGAUUUUCGAUAUUACCGCAUCACAGCUCCAGGUGGCUCUGCGUGAUUUCUCGUGCGGCCUCGAUUACUUGAAUGCGAAAGCGGGGUGUUGGGAGCCGUUCAUAGAGAAGCUGGACGUGACUGCGGUGUAUCGCCGCGACUAUGCUGAGGAGAAGCAGCAGCUGCUGCAGCGCCAGCAGGCGCAGGUGGGAGCCUUAGAGCUGCCCCCGGGGGAAGACCCCUGGGGCUCCUUUAAAGCUGCUAGGACGCUGAUGCUUCACAGCCAGUCGCCUUUUUGGCUGAACUGCACCCCACAGCUGUGUGAGCUCUUCGCGUGGUUCUUGCCUUACCUCCUGGCACACCUCACAGAAGGGGGUAUCCCCAGUAUGGAAGCGAAAAACAGCAGCGCAUGCAAAGAGGGGCUCAGCAAAAAGUGUCCCAGCCCCUCCGCCGCCUCUCACAGCCCUUCUGGUGCAGUUCCUGGGCUUAGCCCAUCGACGUUGCAGCUACUGGAGGGAGACUCACCACAGGACGACGAUACCCCAGAACUGCAACAGGAACUUGGUGCUCGGUUCGCACGCAGCUGCAGCGAGGGACAGGGGGCAGCAGCAGCAGCAAUGGCCGCAACAGCUGCGGCUGUCGCCUCCAAGAGCAGGGAGGCGGAGGCCGCAUUCCGCUACUUGAACUUGACGGGGGAAUGCUUGUAUGCCUUCACCAUGCACAAGCUUGGCGGGGGAGGAAGCCGGGGCAGCAGCAGCAAGGAACAACCGUCCAGCAGCAGCAGCAACAAGAACAGCAGCAGCGGCAGCAGCAGUGUGGUGCGGAGUGGAGCGGGUUGUAGCAGGGGAGAAGGCAGCACUGUACAAACUGUUGACAGCUUGCUUUUGCUGGUGCCGGGAUCGUCGACCCCACUGCCGUUGGAUGGCCUACUGCAGAGCCGCACUGCGGAGGCAUCGCGGCGUUCUCGCAGCCGCCACCGUUUUUAUAUUACGAACUGCCCCCCAGUAGAGUCUGUAUUGCAACUGAGAGAGAUGUUUCCCUCUGCCUCUAUCCCUGCUAUCUGCCGCAGCAUCAUGUCCACACAAGACGUGCAACAUACUCUCAGGUUCCUCACCACCAACGAAGAAAUGCGAAGAAAAAUCAAGUUGCGAAACCUCGCCUCCGUUGCCCUAGGGCAGCAGCAUCAGGCCUCCCGAACUCCUUCUCCGUCUCCUUCCUGUGUGAAGCACGCUGCAGCAAUGCUUGCCGGACCAGGCGAAACCCAGCAGGAACAGCAAGAGCAGCGGCAAGACAAAGGGCCGGAGGAGUCACAAAGUCCGAAGGCAACAGCGGGAACGGGAACAGCAGCAGCAGCAGCGGCAGCAACAGCAACGGCAACGUCGCCCUGUCGGUUGUCCGAGGGCGACAUUGACCCAUCGCCUCCAGCCAUAGGCCCCUUUCCUAGGGGCGCGAAGGCUGUGGCUGUUGACAGCAUGCGCAACUGCUGCGUCGCGUUGCUGCCUCCCGUCAGGCAUGCAGCGAACAGUCGCACCGGCAGCACGGCAGCAGCAGCAGCAGCAGCAGCCCUUCGCGGCCCAGCCAACCGAGCCGCCAGUACUGCAGAGAGGUUCCUGAGCGGCAGCAGCACCACCAGUAGUGGAAGCAGCAGCAGCAAUAAUAAAUUUGCUGCCAGGCAGCUACAGCGGCUGCGCAGUUCAUUGACGUUGAAGGACAGGAGGCCUUCGGGUAUCCCUUUGGCCCCCCCCUUUAGUGAUGCCUCCAGCAUUUCCUCAGCGACAUCCACCACCACAGGGGCCGUGGAGGAACAGGAACUCCGAAUGCAGCAACAACAACAACAGCAGCAGCAGCAGGAGAGGAGCAAACAGCCGACGUCAGCGCCGCAGGGAACAGGAAAACGCGUAUCAGGCCUCCAGAUUCAACCAGGCGACGGUGCACCCGAGAGAAGCUGUCCGUCGCCUGGGAAAGCAGAGUUCCUCAGCAUGCCACGGCCAGUUUCGGGUCCGUCUGUCUUUGUGGAUGUGGAGGCGCAGAAGACGAAAGGAAGUGGGCCCGAGGCCCCGCAGCCGCUACGCAGCGGGGAGCCUUCAACAGUGAGCAGCAGUUUUUCGGCGCCUCUCCCCCUGGCCCACGUGGACAGCAGCAGCGAAGCGAUUUGCCAGGUGUUGAGUCCUCAUCCGUCUUACAAAUUGCUGCUGUUGUCGACGACCGUCUUGGUGCACAACAGCAGCGGCAUGCCCCUAGAAAUCUGCUUUCUAGAUGCAGACCUGAACCCGCUGCUGCUGCCAGCAGCACACGGGGCCUACGCCCCGCUGGAGGCCAUCGGCGAAGCCCCACCCCCCGCAUGCAAGAGAGGACAGCUUUCUGUGGAGGAGCCGUCGUCUCUACACCCCGACUUGUCGAGGGUGCCCGAGUGGAUGCUGGACAGGGAGGAGCGCUGGAAAGCAGUGCAGCGACGCGAGACGCUGCAGCAGAAGGAGCAGCUGAAAUUGCUGCUGCAGGCCUCCUCCGCUACCAGGUCGCCUGCUCUAAAACGCGCAGCAUCAGCGCCCCUCAGGAGAGCGCAGACUGACUCCGGCCGCUUGGCAGCGUACUUCACGGCGUCUUCUUCCCUUCAGGCCCGUUCUCUGCAGCAGCAAGAAUCAGCACAAGAGGGCCUACUCGCCUCUCAAGCACAAACAACAGAGAAGAUCGAGAGACUCACCUACACAUUCCUUCUUCCUAAUCAACACGUCCUCUCCGUGCCCCAAAGAGCCAUUCUAGGCACCGGCUGGUGCAACGUCUGCUUCCGACCUGCGGCCUUCGCUGAAGAAACCACUGCAGCAACUGCAGUAACCGCGGCAGCAUCUUCAGCAGCAGCGAACCCAGGCCUAGCUUCACCCACGCGCUCAGACUCAGAUAUCGAGGCCGAGGUGAUCCCCGCACCGCCGGAUAUGAGCUGCGUUGCGGGUUGGUGCGACAUGAUAGACACGAGACACCGCAUGGAAGGCCUGCGCUGCAGACAGAGCUCAUACCUCCCCCCAGAUUGCCGCCCAGGGGCAGCCGUCGCAGCCGCGCAGGAGAAGACUGCAGGUUUUCCCACUGCGGCAGCGGCUGCUGGUGGCGCUGCUGCUGCAGUGAAGACAGUGCGGAAUUUGUAUUUUUUGGUGCACAUUGAAGGGAGGAAGGGGGCGUUGCCUGCUGAGAAGGAGUUAAAAAGAGUGACGAUAUUCCCUUCUCUGACUCUGGUGAAUGCGACGACAACAGAGCUGGACGUUCACAUUGCCCCCUCAUCCGCUUCCUCGAAAUCCGGAAGAAGGCAACUCUCUGUGGCGCCUGCUGGCAGCAAGACAGCCGAAGCUGCGCUGCAGGAGCUGCAUGCGCUGCAGCAACGGCCCGUUCUUAGCGCUACACUGAGGAGACGCUCCACCUUCUUAGUCUAUGAGGUGCCGCCCAACAGACCCUUGAGGUUUCGAAUGCGAUUUGCUAUGCUGGAAGGAGCAGAAUGGUCCUCCGUCGUGUCCGACUUGCUGAGCACACAGGACGAGGUGGUUAGCCGGGUGCUGCUGCCAUCUCGUCACCAUGCCUCUGUUGAACUGGAGGUGCUGCACGACACUGCGGAGGUGAUCCCCUUCUUGCCCUACAUCUCGCCUCGGCAGCUGGUUGCAGUCAUUGCAGCACCACGCGCCUUCAUAGACCGCACAGGCUUGGGGGUUCGCCCAGUACAGGAGGGCCGCUUCUUCCCUGAGUUCGACGGUCAGAGCCUCUUGGGGGAUUCCACUACCUCCGACGUGACUCUCUUGCUGCCUAGACGAAGGGGUUUGGGGCAGCCAGUGGAGUGCCGCGUCAACGUCCCCGCCCUGGGCGGGUACAGCCACGCGACGCUGGAAACUGAAGACCGUUGUUACACUUUGCGCCUUAGGAGCGAAAAGAUGGACCCUUCAGAAACCGCAGGGGCUAUCUGCCGCGUGGUGUCUCUCGUGCCGGAAUUCAUAUUGACGAAUGCGUUGAAAACUCCGCUGUUCUUUCGGCAGUACGGCACCGCAGGACCUGCAUUUGAAGUGCACCCCGGCCAAAGCUACCCAGUCUACUGGGCGAGCUCAGAGCUACCGCAGGCAAUUCAGUUUCGCCCGGGAGCCGGUGACGGCUACGCGUGGUCAGGCGCUGUGGUGGCCAGUGAAGAGACGGCAGGCAAGAGUUGGAUUGCCCUCUACAACGGCAUGCGAGACGCAGCACCUGGGGUUUUCUGCGUCGAAGUGGCUCCUGAUGGCGGCGUGAAGAGUAUCUGCAUUCGGGGAGCUGAAGGGAACUCGGAGGGGUUUUUGGUCAUUAACAAAUGCCCUGUGAUUCAACGUGUGAUGGUCCAUACAUACCACACGGAGAUGAGUAUGCAAGGGCAAGGAGGCACUGACAUGGGGGGAGGAUCUUCGUCCUUCUCCCCCUCCGCCUCGACCUGGAGCAGACAGCCCAUGAAACUGCCGGAUUUUGACUUUCAUUUCUUUGCAAACGAAGGAGAGACAGUCGCCUAUGGGUGGCCCUUCCCUUUUACAUACACCUCACGCCCAUGCCAAGUCCUCUUGUGGAUUGACAGCAAGACUGUGGCGCCUAAGAGCCCCAUUGCGCUGGAUCUGGAGACACCGCAGUACAAACGCUAUGAAGUGAACCUGGGCCUCCCUGACAUGCCUCAAAUUAUCGUGAGGACGGAGAAACGAGGGGAUGCGAUGAUCAUUGAAGUCCGGCCGAAGCCAGGAACCGGCCCUGAGCGUGCCCUUGCGGUGUUGCCUUCUCCCAAGUCCCAAGGGACUGAACCUGAAAUGGCUGUAGAGAGCCCCUUGCGGAGUUUACACGUGGCAGUGACCAUGGCUCAGGUGGGGGUUUCGCUGAUUUAUGACGCUGUGAGAGAAGAACUCUGUUUCGCGGAGAUGUCUCAGCUGGCCAUCGGGUUUCAAGAGAGGGGAGAAAGACAGAAAUUGCUCGUUCGCAUUGCCGACAUCCAAAUCGAUAACCAAAUGGAACAAGCAAGAAAACCGGUGCUUUUGGCCAAUCGAGGAGGUGGUGGCCAGGUGCGAUAUUUGUCUGCGCAGUCGUUUUCGGCUCAAACCGCUUCGAAGCCGUUCUUGAGUCUUUUUGUCGUUCGACACCACACCACCAGCAGCGACGUCAUCUUGCGCCGAGUUCAGCUCGAAGUGGACAACUUGGAAGUGGAGAUCGAUGCCGAUGCGCUUAACGGCCUCAACGACUUCUUGUGGGCUUGUAUGACGUCUCUUGGACUGAUGAGCGCUGCUUCCCGCCGCACUGUUUCAGCCGAGGAACUGCAGCUGUGGAUUGAAUCGCCUAUUCACCAGACGUAUACCCGGCCUCCCUUGCCCACGGUGUUGUCACUAGAGUCCAUGCUCAUCGACAAAUUCGACGUUUACUGCUGGUGUUCUUUCGUCCUGGAUAAAAUGCACAUGCUCUCCGAUCUCCUGAAAGUGGGCCUACGCAUCCUUAUGGCGUCCGGGCGCCUGGAGCUCAUGGGGGCGAAGUUGAAUUUUCAGCGCGAGGAGUUCAGGAAUCUGCGGGGAACGGCGAAGACGUUCGUGGCAUCAUUGCAAGAACGUUACACGUAUCAUUUGUUGAAUUCUGUGUUCUCAUCUUUGGGGCAGAGUUCACUUUUGAAUUUGCCGCGUAUGCCUUUUGAGUUGGGGAAGAACACAAUAGGUUUGGCAGCGAACGCAGUGGACAGCGUAAGCGCCGGGUUGGGGAGUUUGCUUUCAACCUUCACUUUCGACUCAGAGUACAUCAAUAGGAGGCAAAGGGAGCGUGUGCGAAACACGGCAAGCAUGCGAGACGGCUUUCUUUCUGCGGGCAAAAACAUCGGAGAGGGCGUCUGGUCUCUGACAAACAUCGUAACCAAACCCAUCGAGGGGGCUCAGCGCGAAGGUGUAGGUGGAUUCUUCAAAGGCAUCGGCAAAGGCAUAGUUGGUUCCCUAGUUAAGCCUCUUGAUAAAGUCGGCCAAGCCGUAUCCGACGUCACCCGAGGCAUCAAAGCAGAAGUAUCAAAACCGAUCGGAGCCUACAAAUUCAGAAACGAACGAAGGCGCAAACCUCGGAUGUUGGGGGAGCUUGGGGAAAUCAGGCCGUACGAUGAGACGGAAGCGACCCUGCGCGAGUGUUUGGGUUUAGCGGUGACACGGCGUCUGCAGAAAUUUAUAACGGUGUUGAAAGAAGAGGCGUUGCCGCCUCGGCACUUUGUCGUGCUGUUCUACCCUAAGGAUAUCUUCUUUGUGGACCUGGUGGGAACCCCCCAGGCUUCCGGGGGCUCCCAAGGUGAAGACGAGUCGGAGCCACGGACAGCCAAGAACGUUAAUGUACUUUGGCAUGCGAGCAUUCCGCUUGUUCGUGACAUUCGGGCCAGCACGCACGGCGUCAUCAUCCGAGCAGGUCAGCCUACCGUGCAGCGGCCUAAGGACGUCUUGGCUUCUCUCAGCAGUGUUGACAGUUCCCCGAGGGCUCAACGCACGCACGCCGGCUCGCUGAGACAUGUGGAGGCUAGGGGAGACCGCUGUUACCAGAUCCCGUGCCCUUCCGCUGCUCUCAUUUCGCAGCUGUACAAAGAGUUGCUGGAGGCAGUCCACGGGUCCACGUCUGUCGUGCAGCUCGGCACUUGGGAUGCUCAGAGAUAUGCCGAGACAGACGACGAGUCCUAG